AUGCUGCGCCAAGCUUUCGGCCUUCGAAAAAGCAGCAUUCUCCAACGAGUUACACGUUCUCCACAAAAUAUCUCUUCAUUAUGCGUAUCUCAAAACCGCACCUUGCAGACAACGACGCGUUCGCUUUACAGCGGUGAUAAGGACAUCGGCUCUCCCCCUCAAUCUAGCCGAUCUCUCGAUGAGAAGCUCAAUUACUUUAACAAAGAGUUGACCGCGACGAAAUCGGAAGUGGCACGCCUCGUUGAAAGCAUACAGACGAACGAGUCUAAAUCAGACUUGAAAUUCGCACGCCUUGAAUCGGAGAUGAUGCACCUCAACAAGAACCUUACUGCGCAGAUGAACAGCUUCACUGAAACUGUCUCUGCGAAGAUAAGCGUCCUUACUGCGAACAUGAGCGCCUCUAAUGCGGACAUGAAGUCGAGAUUGGACAGAUUCGAGAAUCGAUUUUUGUUCCGAAUGCUCUUCGCUAUAUUCAGUGUGGCAAUUGUUGCAAUGGGUGGUACUGUCGCUACUACUCUCCUAUGA